AUGAAAUUGAACACAACUAGCAAGUUGUGAGAAUAUUGCCCAGAUGGAGAGUUUUACUCAUUUUCUCUCGAUUCUUGCCUCCCUUGAGGUUCGAGCUGCAAUUUACUCUGAGGUUAUCAAGAGAAAUGAUUUGAAUGUUCUCAUGAACAAUUUUAUGAUAUUGAUAUGAGUUCCUGAGUAAACUCAUGCAACUCAGAUAUUCAGAUAAUUUUGAAUAACACUCAAAGUGGAAAUAAAGCAUAUUGAAGAGGUCUAGACUACUAUGUAAACCCUGAUAGUAUAGAAGUAAUAGAAGCAGGGACAAAAGAGUAUCCUUAUAGAAGUCUCAGCUUGGUUUUUGUCGAACUUUUGAAUUAUUUUAGCAAUACCAACUAUACUGUAAAUAUUUAUGUCAUGGAGUCUACCAAUAACUAUCUCCAACUUAAUAGAAAUUACUUAAUCAACAUAGGCAGAGUAAACUUUCUCUCUUACUCUGAUCAGGAGGGAGCAAUAAAGAGUGCUAAUUUGAUUCUGACUGAUGAAGAAAUUCUCUUAUUUUCUCCAAAAACACAGUAUCAUGUUUUAAAAAAUUCUGACCUAAAUAUUUCAUUAGCUAGUGAUGCUAGUCCUCAAGCUUUGGGUUUGAUAACAAAAAUAAUUUUUGUGUACAAAACAGAAUUGUCAUUCACAAAUAUCAAAAUUAUGUCAAAAUACUCAGAUGAAGAGGUUGACUAUAACUUUGUGUAUGCAUUGGGUCAAAACGAAAGAACAGUAAAUUUUACAAAUGUUCACAGCCAGACCUCAGGGAGUAUUUUGUUAUCCCUUGACCAUAUUGCAGUCUAUCUGAAGAAUUAUUUGUUUGAUGGCUACAAGGCAAGUUAUUUCAUUAAUAUUAUCAAUCUUUGCGUCAAUAAUCCAAUGCCUUUCUUUGGAGGGGGACUCCAUGCUGACAAUCUAACAAUGUUCAACUCACAGGAAGAAAUUGUUCAGUAUUCAACUGGCGCUUUAGUCUAUUUGGCCACAGGAAAUGCAUCUUUCAACAACAUCAUUGUAAAUUCUACAUAUAUUUCAUUUCCAAUCGAAUAUGGAUUGAUCUCAGCAGCCAGCUUUUCAAGAUGAAACCCAGAUAGUGAUUCUUUUUCAGAGGUUAUUUAUACUAAUAGCUAUAUUACAAAUCCAUUAAACCCACAUUCAAAAAUAAUUUCUUUUAUCGCCUUAGCUGCAAAUUAUGGAGUAAACUACAGGCCAAGCAGAUUAUAUAUCUCUAAUGUCACUUUUGAGGAUAUAAAUUUGCAUGGAUAUCCUUUUCUUUGGAUAUCAUCUUUGACUCCAGCAGAAAUCGUUGUUGAAAAUAUCUUAUUCAGGAAUAUAACUGCCUUUUCGCCGAUUUUCUUAAUGGAAUAUCCUAAUGAUUAUUACUUAUCAAACAUAACUUUUGAGAAUAUUAAUGGGACAGGUAGUUCUUACAUAUUUGCACCUGAUGCAGCCUCUUUUCAUCUCAAAGGUAUCACUAUUAGAAACGUUCAAGGAGCUGACUCACUUCAUUCUGUGUUUAUCUAUGCCAGUUGCAUAGAUUCAGACACUUUAAACUCAGAAACAAUAAAUCAUUCAUUGGAUCCUUCCCCAAGUUUGAACAUAGAUGACUUACUUGUUGAAAACUCCAGAUUAGGGCUGAAUACUUUGAUAAAGCUUUAUAAUACACUUCCAGGAAGCUUUACUUUGAAAAAUGCAGUCUUCUCUAAUCUCCAAGUGAUGGAAGGACAUUCAUUAAUAGGAGCAAACUAUAUCACUGGUUUUAAUAUUCAAAACAUUACUUUUGUAGAUAUCUCAAGAGAUGAGCAAGAUAGUGGGCAAACAUCAAACUUCUUGAUUACUUUUAACACUUAUGACUUUUCUACAAAUGGAAGCUUUAUCUUUGAUCAAGUAAAUAUGGCAAACUCCAGUGUUCCAUUAUACUUUAUCAAUGGGCUGCAAGAUUAUUCAGAAAAUAAUUCGCAGCUUAUAUUUUCAAACAUUAGUUACCAUGAUUGCGUAUUAGACUUAGAGCAAAGCUUAUUAUAUUUUAAAAGUUUGUUCUCAACCUCUACAUUCACAAUAACAAUUACUGAUUCUAAAUUCUACAACUUGUAUUUUGUGCGAGGCGGGAAUGUGAUUAACUUUGCUCACCAAAUCAGUUCUCAACUUCUUAUGAAAAAUACAGAGUUCACCAAUAUUACUGCAGGGCAAAUUCGUAUUGAGUCCUUUGUCAAACAAUCUAAUGAGACUACCAACGUGCUCUUCCAGAAUGUGACUGCUCAUAAUAUUAAUGCAAGUUAUGUGUCCUUUGUUGCUCUUGAUCAAGGAGGCAGACUACAGAUUCAAGAUUCUCAGUUUUAUGGAAUAUAUUCCACCUUCAGAGGAUCUGUUUUGUCUUCUAGUUUUAAAGGUACCCGAGUAGAAGCUGUGAACACUCAGUUCUACAACAAUUCAGCUUUUCAAGGAGGGGUAGCUAGCAUUGAACAAGAAAGCUAUUUCCAAUGCACAAACUGCUCUUUCCAUAGUAACUUCGGAGUCGAAGCUGCAGUUAUAUUCCAGGUUUUAAACGGAUAUACCAGGCUGAAUGAAUGUAAAAUAUUCCAGAAUUAUGCUCUUUCAAAACCUUUCUUAGAGAUUUUGGAGAGUGUCAACCUGUCUAUUUUAAACAAAUGAGACAUUCAUGGCAACAAAAUAGUUACUGCCACUGAUAUAUUAAGCCAAGUUUCAGGUCAAUGAAGCACACUAUGAUUUUUGCCUAGCGAAGCAUACACUUCUGCUGUAGUUUCGAAUUUGAUGACAACUUUAAGAGAAGAUCAUUCAAUAUUCAGUAUAGCUUAUGGCAAUCUGAGAUUAGAAAAUCAAACAAUGAUAUAUAAUUCAGAUACUAUCACAAAAAGUUUUGAGUCAACUCUCUCAGUUGUGCAAAGCAAGAUAUACAACACAACUUCUUCCAAACAGCCUUUUGUCUUGGCUUCCUGAACUUUGAAUAUGGAGAAUGUGACUUUUGAAUAUAUUACUAAAGGAGAAGAAGUUGCUCUGAUUAGUACAAAUAUAGGAUCAUCCGUCAAUCUCAAUAAUAUUGUCUAUCAAUCGUCACUAGGUCCUUUUUCUCAACUAACAAGCAGUGCAGUGGAAAUUAAUAACCUAUCCGUAUCAAGCAUUGUUUCUCAAAUUGCAAUUGUUCAGGUUUAUUCUGCUAUAGAUACUAUAUUGAGUAAUGUUUCAAUACAAAAUAUUUCUGGGUCGCUUGAUUCUGUAAUUUCUAUUGAAAAAUCAAACGUGAAUUUGAUCUCAUAUCUCCAACUCAAGCAUCUUCUUUACGGAGGAAUAUACUUAAAGCAAGUGAAGAUGGCAAAAAUGGAAUCAUCUACUCUUUUUAACUUGACUUAUGGAUUAAGAAUUGAAUCUUCAGACAUUGCAGAAAUCACAAAGUGUAUUUUUAAGUAUCUAGGAGAUGAUAAUUUACAAAAAGGCGGAGCUCUAUGGUUGACCCAGAGUAAUACAACUAUUAUUAAUAAUGAUAUUAAUAACAACAGAGCUAUUGCUGGAGGAGCUGUGAAUAUACAAUGCAAAGAUGCUAAAAAUAAAGAACAUUGAAAGGUUAGUCUAAUAUCCAAUAGAUUUCACAAUAACUCUGCAGUGAAGAUGGGUGGUGCUCUGUAUUAUGAUUCAUGGAGACCUCAAAACAAAUUGAAUUCAUUCCUUUCAAAUAAUGCUUCAUACGGCUCAGAUAUUGCCAGCUAUCCAGUGAGAAUUGUUCUAAAAGAGAAAGAAAACUUGCAUAUGAAUCUCAAAAAUGUAGGAAGCGGAAUUAAAUACCCCGAUAAUUUAACUUUCUCAAUAAUUGAUUACGAUGAACAAGAAAUAGAGAAUGACAAUACCUCGCAGAUAAAGAUCAGUCCAGUUACCCCAAAUGCUACAGUAAAAGGAAUUGAUUAUGCCAGAGUAACUAAAGGGGUUGGGAUAUUUGAGAACUUAAGGUUCAUCUAUAAACCAGGAGCUGAGAAAAUCCAAUAUGUUGUAAACUCAAAGAGCCUUGACAAACCCUUACUCAGAACAAUUCUGGGAUCUUAUGUUGCUGACAACUUAUUGACAGUUGACUUCAGAUGGUGAAAACCUGGAGAAAUCAUUGAAUCUAACCAUAGCUGAAGAGUCUGAGACCAAGGAGCUUACUCAACAAUUUGGAAUUCAACUUCUUGCAAUAAAUGCAUGAAUAAUGCAGUGUGAGCAGGAGGAAGUCAAAUCGAAUUGAAAAAGGGUUAUUGGAGAAAUAGCCUAAAUUCUACAGAUAUUAUCCGUUGCCCGAUUCUUGACUCAUGAGAAGGAGGUUAUUCUGAAUCUAAUGAAUUUCCAGUGCAGUGCUCUUCUGGACACACAGGCUUUCUUUGAACCACUUGUACAAGUUCUGAUAAUGAUGAAAAAUAUAUGAGAACUGGCUUAUAUAAAUGUGAAAAAUGUCCUGACCCUCUUUAUAACACAAUUAGAGUUUUGGGUUUUUCUAUAAUUCUGUUAAUGUUUUUCAUCUUUCUUGUUAUUAUUAAUAUCAAGAAGAGGAAUGAGAGCCAGACAUCAAUUUUAUUAAGAAUACUGACGAAUUAUUUUCAACUGAUAAGCUUAACACCUUCUUAUCAGUUUAAUUAUCCAGAGUCAAUCUACCAUGCUUUCAACCCGAUAGAGAAAGUUGGUUCAUCAUCAGAGUCUUUCUUAUCUUUUGACUGAUUUUUCUCUGACUCAAAUAUUGUUGCUUUUACUCCUUCGACAGUCAUUUUUAAACUGUUUCUGUCAGCUAUCCUUCCUGCCAUUGCUAUCGUAUUAAUUGUGCUAUUCUGGGUAGGUUUCAGCUAUACAAACUUUAAGUGGUGCCAGGAUACAAAGAGGGGUAUCACAGUGACAGUUAUUUGCUUGUUGUUCUUGAUACACCCAACUCUGACGAAUCUAUCGCUGACAAUGUUCCAGUGCACAAACGUUGGAGAUGAACUGAGCAGAAUGACCAUUGACAUGGAAAUUGAAUGAUUCUCAAGCGAGCAUUUUAAGUGGGCAUUCUCCUUUGGACUCCCUAUGCUUGUAGUUUGGGUUUUUGCUCUUCCAGCUAUUGUUCUUAUAAUUUUGAUAAAGGAAAGAAAAAAUUUAGAAAGAUUGUAUGUGAGGAGGUAUUUCUUAGUACUCUACCAAGGACUUAAACCUCAAGCUUUCUACUGGGAAUUUAUAAACACCUUGAGGAAAAUUCUCAUACCGUUAUUUAAUGUACUUUUAUCAAGAUCAAGUAGGUUUUAUCAAGUGGUUGUUGCAAUAAUAAUCCUCUUGUUUAUCUUCAGACUCCAGCAAUACAUCAAGCCAUAUAAGUUAGAAGAAAAUAAUCAAAUAGAGAUUCUUGCUGUUCUAGCUGGAAUAGUAACUCUAUUUUCAUCAAUAAUAUUCCUUGAUUCAAUCGACAGAGAAGACUUAAGAGACUCAAGUAUUGCAAAGAUAUUUUCUAUAUUCUUCAUUAUCUUCAUAAAUUCAUACUUUAUCUUGAGAUGGAUCCAUCUUUUCUUAAGUUGACUCAAGUCAAAGAAUUCAGCAUUAAGAGCAAUUAGAGGAGCACUUGGGUGAAUCCUGAUGAAAAAUAAAAGCCCAAAGCUUCCUGAAAUAGUCGAACCAGAUAAUCAUACUCUCCAAAAACAACCUAGCAAAUUAAAAUCAUCAAAACCUAAAACUCCAAGAUUUAAGAAGAAAAAACUCCUCAGGAAAAGAGUCCCUAAACAGAAUCUCAAAAGGAGGUACCAAAACCCCCAAAUCUCCAAUCCUUCCCUUUCUCCAGUCGAUCUGAACUCUAAAUCCAGUUUCAUUCCUGAUAUGGACUCUGAAGGAGGUUUCAGGUACCUUCCUAGCACUCCAGUCAUGAGGCAUCCAAAGAAGUCAAGAUUUUACCCAGAUUCCUAAGAUUCUUCAUAAUUUCAUUUCAGAGGCUCAACUUUG